GGCGAGUUUGGAGGUCAAGAUUAUGAAGAUGGCACAGGGCCAGGACAGUUAGGAACAAUUUCUUACUUAAUCCUUAAUUUAACCGAUGAAAAUAAUGAUAUAACCGAUGUUCCUUACGAAGAAUUACUUCAUAAAGACUACCGGGGUAAAGAAUUUGUUAUCAAAGAUUUAAACAUCGAUUUGGUAAAAAUUAAAUUGGAUCCGAUAGUUAGGGAAUACAAGUUUUUUUUUGCUAACAGUUCUUCAAACGACACGUAUUAUGAACUUGAAUAUAUACAUGACUUGAAUAAUUAUCUUAAUAAUAAAGGACCUUAUGACCCAGUUACUAGAAAUCUUCCCGGAGCACCUCUUGCAGCACAAAGUAACGCACCCAAAAUUGUGUUUGUGCGUGCUGAUGCCGACAAAGAUACGAGCCAAGACCACCCAACUGAGGGUCGGAAAUACACUCAUAGAGAACUAAGAAAAAAACAAUUAAAAGAAGCCAUAAAAGAUUUUGAAAAUAGGAUAAGACCUGCAAAAGAGCAG